AUGUUAAGACAGUUUUACUGCUACCUGAAGCACACGGACUCGGGGGCACCGCUGACAGUGAGCGGCUUGAAGGGGGUCACCUCGGGCUUCUCACUCACACGCUGUCCUGAUAAGCAGGGAGAGGUCUGCCUCUCUACAGUCUACAAGGAUGUGGACUUCCCUGGAGAGGAUUACCUGAGCCUGUUCACCGACAGCUAUGCGGAGUGUCAGAAGGCGUGUACGAUGGACUCAGCGUGCCAGUUCUUCACCUACACCACAGAUAAUUUUUCUCCCGCUAAGUACCGAAAUAAGUGCCAUUUAAAGUAUAGCAGGACACUCCCAACGCCACCUGUGGUCAAAGCGGGGAAGGACAUGGUGUCCGGCUUCUCUCGAAAACUCUGCAGCCUGUUUAGCAUUGACAGAGAGUGCAGGUCAAAGAUCCUGAGGGAUAUCGACUUUCCCGGAAGUGACAUUGAGCAAGUUCCGGCCCCCUCGCCCGAGCACUGCCAGGUCCUGUGCAGGGCCCACCCUCGAUGCACCUUCUUCUCGUUCACCACCGCCAGCUACGAGGCCUCUGAGAAGUAUAAAUUGCUUUGCUUUUUGAAGCAUAAUGUUGAGGAGCGAUCUUCUACACGCAAAGAUAAUGUGAUGUCUGGGAUUCCAGCCCGUUUCUGUAAGCCUUCAAAUGCCUGUGCAACACUUACGUACGAGAACAUAGACUUUAUGGGGGCUGACAAGAAGGUUGUGAAGCUGGACAGUCCUGCGACGUGUGAAGAGGCUUGCACAGCUGACCCAGACUGUCAGUUCUACACCUUUGUGUACAAUACCAUCACUGCCAGCCCAAAGUGCUUCCUGAAGCAGGUCAUUACAGCUCCUUUGCCGCCAAAAAUAGCCCUUAAGAAGGAUGUGGUGUCUGGAUUCCACCUGAGGAGCUGCAAAUUGACAGACAGAGGAACUGUAAAAUGGCCGACAGAGGAAAUAGCAGGGUCUGUUGAAGGUCCCAAGUGUGGCUUGGUUCGGAACAGCAAGGAGAAGGUCCUGGGGGGUCGUGACGCGGCCCCCGGCGCCUGGCCUUGGCAAGUCUCCCUGCAGCUGAAGCACGGAUCAGGUAGAAGCCACAUCUGCGGAGGGUCCAUCCUCAGCCUGCGCUGGAUCGUCACCGCUGCUCAUUGUCUGGAAAGGACUAAUGCAUCAGACUACAGAAUAUCAGCUGGAGUGGUGAAAUUGUCAGAGGCAGCACAGUUUCACGAGGUGGAAUUCAUGAUGAAGCACCCUGAUUUUAAUGAGGCCACCUUUGAAAAUGACGUUGCCCUCGUCAGACUGAAGACGCCCCUUAAAUACACUGCUCUGCAGGGGUCCAUCUGCCUCCCAGAGAAAGAGAAGGAAGCAGAGAUCUGGGGUCAGAGCUGUACGGUCACCGGAUGGGGAAAACUUGCUUCAGGUUCCCUUCCCGACAUCCUCCAGCAAGCACAGGUACCGCUCCUCACACCUGAAGACUGCAACUCUCUUCUGCUGCAGAACAAGGUCUACAGCAGCAUGCUGUGUGCUGGGUACCCGGAGGGCGGUGUCGACACCUGUCAGGGAGACUCUGGGGGCCCGCUGGUGUGCCAGGCCAAGGGCAGGUGGUACCUGAUGGGCGUCACCAGCUGGGGGGACGGAUGUGGUGAAGCAAAAAAGCCGGGGGUGUACACCCGUGUGGCCGACUACUUCAACUGGAUCCAGAACAGCAUCUCCUGCUGAUGCCAGAGACAGCAGAAUACCAGAGAGUCACCAUGUGUCAUUGUGUAAAAGUGUAACUAUACAAUAGUGCUAUAUAUGAUAUGCUCAUUUAUAAAUAAAUUUUAAUAAGCCUUC